CCAGUACCAGUCGCCAGCCCCGCCCCUAACUUUCCAUCCUUUAUCGUCAAGAUGCCCUCCCGCACAGCCGAUCUUCCAGAGGAUGUCUCAGACACUCGACCAACCGAACCCCCUCUCUCCAAGCCUCGUCCAGCCAAGACCCCUUCAAGUCCUAGUAAAAAGGACGACAAGACAAAGGCUCACGAUGUGGCCGAACUGAAAGACUAUCAGCUGGGAGAUUGUUUGGGUAAAGGUGCUUUUGGUUCCGUCUAUCGUGCUCUCAAUUGGGGAACUGGAGAAACCGUGGCCGUCAAGCAGAUCAAAUUGGCAGACCUUCCAAAGAGUGAACUCCGAGUUAUCAUGCUAGAGAUCGACCUGCUGAAAAAUCUCGACCAUCCAAAUAUCGUCAAGUACAAUGGUUUUGUCAAGACCCCAGAAACCCUCAACAUCGUCCUGGAAUAUUGCGAGAACGGCUCGCUCCACUCAAUAUCCAAAAACUUUGGUCGUUUCCCAGAAAACCUAGUCGCAUUGUACAUGUCCCAGGUCCUUCAGGGUUUGGUGUAUUUGCAUGAGCAAGGUGUCAUACACAGAGAUAUCAAGGGUGCCAACAUUCUUACCACCAAGCAGGGUUUGGUUAAGCUGGCAGACUUUGGUGUCGCGAGCCGUACUUCGGGUCUUCAUGAGGCCAGUGUCGUUGGAACUCCCUAUUGGAUGGCACCUGAAGUCAUCGAGUUAACCGGAGCCACCACCGCCUCAGAUAUCUGGAGUUUGGGCUGCACAGUCAUUGAGCUCCUCGACGGCAAACCACCCUAUCACACCCUUCAGCCGAUGCCCGCCUUGUUUCGCAUCGUCAACGAUGACCACCCACCCCUACCACAAGGAGCCUCUCCUACCGCCCUCGACUUCCUCAUGCAGUGCUUUCAAAAGGAUCCCAACCUGCGAGUUUCAGCUCGAAAACUUCUCAAGCAUCCUUGGAUCGUCAAUGCUCGAAGGUCCGACUCUGUGGCCCCGAGAAAUGCUACCGAAUAUGACGAGGCCGUGAAAAGCGUUCAAGAAUGGAAUGAAGCCCUGCGUGAUUCUCCCCCACCUAAUAACAAUUCCCUCCGGAAGAAUUCCAGGGCUUCCGCGUCGAGCCCUAUUCCAGCAGCCAAAGAUUCCCGGUCAUCCAGGGCCCAGGUCAAAUCACCUGGAUCCGGCCUCUAUCAAAAUCCCGGAAUGAUGAAAUUACAGUCUCUCCAAGAUGACGAUGAUAAUUGGGACGACGCUUUCGCCACUGCCAUACUCCCUAGUGCUUUGCAACUCCCCCAUCUACGACCCCAUGACAAUUUCGGUGGCAUGCUCUCCUCAGAAAGACUCAAAGCAUUUGCGAACCCGGAGAAUGCAUUGGGAAAGGAAAAUGAAGGCAUGGAUGACAAGGACUCAACCUUGAAGGGCAUCUCCACCAUCAGUUCGGAUAAUUCAAAAACAGUUCGUCUGGCAACGUCCAAGAGACCGGAGAAAGGACACACUCGACAUAAAUCAGAAGCCCCUCCAAAGUCACGGACAAAGCCCUUGCCAACCCCCCGCAAAGUGUCGCUUCCCGCCGCGGGUCAGGCUACAAAUCUGUCGAAAAGCAAAGCACCACUUUCCAAAGGGCGAGCUGAGGAACCUCCGACAAGAUUGUAUCGGGAAAGCUCCAUUGAGGAUUACUCGGACAUCAUCAAUGGCAAUGAACUCGCUAUUGACACAAAGUUCAGCCUGAUGCAAUUGAAACAGGACGCUCCAUCGAAGAUUCUCCAGUCACCCAGUGUCACAGAUCUCAUGCAGAGUAUGAGACCGCCAAAAUCAGGCGGUAGCUUGCGAAGAAAUCCUGCUCCCAGGAACAAACUGUCCAUGCGAAGAACGAGGUCGUCAAUCGAAAUCCAGCGUUUUGCCGAGAACGAGGAUGACGAGGACUUCUCUGAUGUCUUUGCACAAACGGCAUCUGGAUUUGAAAGACCCGACAGUGAGGAUGGCUCCGAGUUGAUGUUGGCCUCGAAGAUGUCCAAUCUGUCCUGGCUGCCAGACGGAGAGGACGAGGAUGAUCCUUUUGCACAACUCGAAGAGGGCCUUCCUGACCUAGACCUUGAAUCAAACAUUGCCCGCGACAAGCAUGCCCGCUUGAGGACAGAAGUCGAGGCUCUGGUAGGUCAGCUGAAAGUUCUGCAGGAUGACGAUGCCCUCCUUCAAAUCUCCGAAGAUUUGAUGAACUAUUUUGGAGUAUUUUCGGAAACAAAAAGCGUCAUCAUCAGUGCUCACGGUGUACUUCCAAUCCUCGAAAUCCUUGAAGACUGCAACCGCUUGGACGUCGUUCUAAAUCUACUCAAGAUUGUCAACGCUCUGACAUACGAGGAUGAAGAAGUCCAGGAAAACCUUUGCUUUGUCGGAGGGAUACCCAAGAUCAACAAAUUCGCCUCCAAGAAAUUCCCACGAGAGAUCAGACUGGAAGCUGCAGCCUUUGUACGUCAGAUGUAUCAGACUUCAACCCUGAUCCUUCAGAUGUUCGUCAGUGCUGGCGGAUUGACAGUCCUUGUCGACUUUCUCGAGGAUGAUUAUGACGAUGACCGAGAGCUGGUCCUCAUCGGCGUCAACGGCAUUUGGAGCGUUUUCGAACUACAAGGAUCGACGCCCAAGAACGACUUCUGCAGAAUAUUGUCCCGCAAUUCAGUGCUCGAGCCGCUGUCGCUAGUGCUAAACCGAGUCUUGAACGAACCUGCUGAUUCUGGCGACCAGAAGGAGCUUGCAGAUCUGUGUGAGGGUCGCAUUGCCAGCAUCUUUUUUGUCUUUUCGCAGGCCGAAAAUUACGUCAAAGAGCUGGUCGCUGAACGAACAGUCUUGCAUCGCGUCAUCAAGAACUUGAAAAGAAUGGCGCCACCCCAUCAAGUAACGAUGCUCAAAUUCAUCAAAAACCUGUCAAUGCUGUCUACGACCCUUGACGCCAUGCACAACUCCAAUGCUAUCGAUGCUUUAUCUGAGCUGCUUAGCAAUAGCAUGAACAGUAAACAUUUUAGAGAGAUGUCGAACCAGAUCUUGAACACUAUUUACAACCUUUGCCGGCUGUCAAAACGACGUCAGGAAGACGCGGCGCUGGUCGGCAUCAUACCCAUUCUCAUCAAGAUCGUGAAGCAGGACAAAACUCCAGUCAAAGAGUUCGCCCUGCCGAUCCUGUGCGACAUGGCACACUCGACAAGAGCGGCGCGCAGAGAGUUAUGGCAGAACAAAGGCCUUGCCUUUUAUGUCUCUCUUUUGUCGGACCCUUAUUGGCAAGUGACGGCGUUGGAUGCCAUCUUUACUUGGCUUCAGGAAGAGACUGCUCGCGUGGAGGACCAUCUACUCGAAAACCAGAACUUCACUUCGGCCAUUGUGGCUGCCUUGACCAGCAGCAAGUCAACAUCGUUUGAAAAUCUCUUGGAACCUCUCCAGAAGUUGCUGCGCCUCUCACCGCCUCUCGCCGCAUCCAUGGCAAGAAGUUCGGAUUUGUUUGAGAACUUGGGUCAGAAGCUAGGUCACAACAAACCUGCCAUCCGACUCAAUCUCCUGCGUAUUAUCGGCAGUAUUUGCGAUUCAACCGAAGAAGGGGGUUACCUACUCGAUCAGUAUGGUCUUUUCGAAGUGAUCCAGGAGCUUUCCUUUUCCGAUUCAGCAGUGCUUGUGCGCAGUAUGGCCGGGGAAUUGAUUCGUUCUAUACAAGAAGCCGAUAGCGCCAGCAUCAAGAGCGGACAGAACGUCGCUGCAGGUACGAAUCCUGCCUGGCGUAAGCAUCCACAAUUCCAGCGACGAACCAGCUCCACCACGCCUCCACAUCUUCUCGAGCGGCAGAUGAGUAUGCCAACGUCGCCACAACUUGGUCGCUCCGAGCGUGCUUCGAUCAACAUGUUUGACGCUCCGGUUGCUCAAACCCCACGACGACAACGGAACGGGGUUUAUGUCAAUGGGAGCGGUGUCAUUCGGCCAGCCAGCCGUGACGGAUCUUCGUAUGCCAGGGAGAGUUCGCCUGCGUUUGUGAUGCCGAGUCUAACACGGGCUCAAACCACAACUUCAGCGUCAGACAUGACGAUCAAUAAAUCUCGUCUUCCGCGUCAAUCAACCGCUUCAGCAGUUGGACAGCAACGACUAUCAAGGCAGAGCACACGGGAGAGCAUGAUUGCAUCAGCGCGAGCUUCCACCCUCAGUCUGGACAAAGAUGUACGAUCGCACCAUGGUGGACAUAGUAGCGGGGUUAAUACACCUGCGAACCUUACUCCGGUCACGGAAUCAAGGCUACGGAAGGAACAAAGAACUGGACGCGGACAUGCUCACAGCCACUCGAGUAGUAUAACUCAGAGCCGACCAACGACGAGCUCGCGCUAUGGUAGCGGUGGUAGUAGCGAUAGACCUGGCUCAAGUUCGAAUCAACACCAGGGCAACAGCCCACAUGUCGAAGUGACAGUCGCGAGCAGUGCUCGGCGAAGCACCGCGAGGAGGCCACCUCACAAUGACGAGCGAUGGACUUAGGACGUCGGCUCUUGAUCCUUUGUUUCCUUGUUAUCUUCCGGGUUGAUCGUGGGGGAGAUUCAUAAACGGCGAUGGGAUGGCAAAGUCCUCAACCUGGCCAGGAGCUAGAAGGGCGAAAAGCAUGAUACUCUACAUGAAGGGGAUGGGUUGUUUUUAGAGCAUGUAAUGCAAUGAAAGGAUGUGUGGGAUGGUUAGAGUGAGGGCUGCUACCAUAUACACACCUUCAACCUGUCUCAUCCGAUCAACCGUCCUACAUACCAGACAAUAUGUGUCCCGAUCGCAUUGGCACGAGACACAUGUACAAAUAGAUCGAGACAAUGGCCAAACCAGC